GCUCAAUUCAGAAUAAAAGAAAGGCCGAAAAGUAUCGAGGGAAGGAAAGGAAAGCGCUGGAAUGCUAAGAAUAAAAUCCCUUUUUGCUGGGCGAUGGGAUUUUUUUUUCGUUCACCCCAACAAAAUUUUUCUCUUUUCCAUUUGGCUCUCCAACCGCGCCCGACCCAGUGUUUUGCUGCCGAUUAGCCCUGCCCUCUUGCCUGAUUCCGGCAUCCCCUCGGUUACCCGUUUCCCCGAUACCUCCCAGAACAAUAUCCCAAAUGCACUCCAAAUUCCGUCCGUGCAUUGACCUGCACAGCGGCCAGGUCAAGCAGAUCGUCGGCGGCACCCUGCACGAGCACAACGACAGCACGCUGAAGACCAACUUUGUCUCCGCCCACCCAUCAGACUACUACGCGGCGCUCUACCGCCAGCACAACCUCACCGGCGGCCACGUUAUCAUGCUGGGCGCGAACAACGAAGCCGCCGCGCAGUCUGCCCUGCAGGCAUGGCCGGACCGCCUGCAGGUCGGCGGCGGGAUCACGUCGAGCAACGCGCAGGAGUGGAUUGCGCGCGGCGCGCAAAAGGUCAUAAUCACCAGCUGGCUGUUCCCCGAAGCGCGGUUUUCGCUGGAGCGCCUGAAGGAGGUCAGCAGGCUGGUCGGCAGGGAGCGCCUGGUGGUGGAUCUGAGCUGCCGCCGGCGCCCGGACGGCUGGGUCGUGGCCAUGAACAAGUGGCAGACCAUGACCGACAUGGUGAUUGGCAGGGAGGAGCUGGAAUUGCUGGCCGAGUUUUGCUCCGAGUUCCUGAUCCACGCUGCUGACGUCGAGGGCCUGUGCAACGGCAUUGAUGCCGAGCUUGUCGAGGCCCUGGCCCAGUGGUCGCCGAUUCCCGUCACCUACGCAGGCGGCGCCAGGGCCGUCGAAGACUUGGCGCUGGUCACCGAGCUGUCGCGCGGCAAGGUCGACCUGACCAUCGGCAGUGCCCUGGAUAUCUUCGGCGGCGACAAAAUCAAAUUUGCAGACUGCGUCAAGUGGAACCAGACCGGGCAGCUGUAGGGCCGCUCUCUGCUGGAAUGCACGGGAAACAGUAUCGUUUGGAAAUAGACGUAGUGUGAUGUUUACUGGUUUGAAAUCAUCAUAUGGCUGGCAUGUGCAACGUUGCAUGGAAAAUGCUGAAAUCGCCCAGGAAUGUCGCACUGCAUCCCAC